CAUCAAAGACAUUCUCCCGGAGGACAACUCAAUGGUGAAUGACUUUUAUGAAACUAAAAAGAUGAUUGAAGGUUUGGGUCUUCCGGUCCAAAAGAUUCAUUGUUGUGUUCUUGGAUGCAUGUUAUAUUGGAGAGGCGAUGAAAGUCUUACCGAGUGCAAGGUGUGUCAUAAGCCACGCUAUAAAGACGAGACGUCUAAGAUUCCGCACAGACAGAUGUUCUACUUUCCGCUUACACCGAGGUUGAAACGCUUGUAUAUGUCCAAGCGUACGGUGGGACAUCUGGCCCUUGUACGUCAGCAUCUAGGGUCGGGGAGAGUACUGAGGAUUAGGAGGACGGAGGUGGUGAUGACCACGACUCCGAGGACCACGUUGACGAUGGACACAGUUGUGGGGCUCGAGAUGAAAAAUGCUAGAGUGGAUCCGUCAAUCGAUGAGGGCCGGCUGAGGAAAGAUUUUCUCAAGAAAGCGGCUGAACGGUACGCAAAUUUUACGUACAAUCAAAGGAACCCAGGUCGAUUGAAGAAGAAGAAGAAGGACCCGCGUCCAUUUGAGCAGUUGAAGAAGGCUCAAUUCUUCGAACUGCAAGAGGAGGCUACACAGAAUGGGCUGCAAGUCACCGACGAAGAAAUAUGGUACUCGUUAGUUGAGGGCCAUAACACGAAUGAUGGAUACCCUAGACAGGGGCCACCUCGCAAGGUGUUCAAGCCCUCGUCUCCCGAGGAACCCAAAAGCCCUCUCCCGAGGUCGGCCCCAUCCACCUCACGAGGCACUCAAUCCCUCGUCUCCCGAGGCAACCAAAAGUCUUUUCCCGAGGUCGGCCUCGGCCACCUCGCAAAGAACUUAAGCCCUCGUCUCCUGAGGCACGAAAAAGCCCUCUCCCGAGGUCGGUCCCAUCCGCCUCACGAGGCACUCGGCCCUUUUCCCGAGGUCGGCCGCGGCCACCUCGCAAAGAACUUAAGCCCUUGUCUCCCGAGGCACGAAAAAGCCCUCUCCCGAGGUCGGUCCCAUCCGCCUCACGAGGCACUCGGCUCUUUUCCCGAGGUCGGCCUCGGCCACCUCGCAAAGAACUUAAGCCAUCGUCUCCCGAGGCACCAAAAAGUCCUUCCCCGAGGUCGGCCCCAUCCACCUCGCAAGGCACUUAAGUCCUCGUUCCUCGAGGCAUCACAAAGUCCUCUCCCGAGGUUGGUCCCAUCCACCUCACGAGGCACUUGACUCUUUUCCCAAGGUUGGCCCCGGUCACCUUGCAAGCAUUUAAGCCCUCGUCUCCCGAGGUCAGCCUCGGCCACCUCACGAGGCACUACAGUUAUCNAAGUCCUUCCCCGAGGUCGGCCCCAUCCACCUCGCAAGGCACUUAAGUCCUCGUUCCUCGAGGCAUCACAAAGUCCUCUCCCGAGGUUGGUCCCAUCCACCUCACGAGGCACUUGACUCUUUUCCCAAGGUUGGCCCCGGUC